CCAGUUUCUAAUCGGGUCAUGCCUUGGCCACAGACAUAUCAGACUCCCCCAUGUUACUCCCUCUGAACUUUUUCCUUUUGGGCGUUGUACUCUUCACCUAAGCGGCCAUUGUGUUCUCUGUCAGCAUACUUGCAAAAAGAUUACAUAGAGAAGAAAAUAAAAGUUAAGUAUGCAGGAAAACCGCUGAGAGUUGCCGGACUCUGAUAAGCGUAGCGUUUGUACAUGCCAAUGGCAGACUAAAGGGUGUUGUUCUGCAUUACUUUUUUUUUUUUUUUUAAAAGCUUCCCACAGAUUGGAAAUCAUUUGGUUCAAACCCGUGGAAUGAAAAACAUGCAGUUAAAACUGUCUUCAUUUAGGGAGGGGGCGGGGGCUUAGCUUCUUACACAUGCUCUUAUGACGAAGCAUAUGUUGAGGGGGAAAGCAUGGGCACUGCAAUUUGUGUUUCUGUGGAAAUGUGCAAGACGCCUAAAAUAAAUUAUGUGCAUUUUUACCAGAAUACACUUGUGUGCCAAGGUUAGUUGGAAAAAAAAAAGUUCAUUUACCAGAAUGGGAGAAAAAAUAUGAACCAUAAGUUCCUGGAAAGUGUAGAAAUUGCAAACUAUUGUAAAGUUUCAACAAUGUAGCACACAUUUGCAUCAGGUCUUAUUUCAAGGCAGAGUUCAUGGAGUUCAUUCAUACUGAACCUGCUUCAAUGUUAAUAUUUGCCACCAGCACCAACUUUGCUAUUCAAAUGACAGAUUCCUCAGUUUAAUUUAGGAUUAAAUAAAAAAAAAUUGCUUGAAACAAAAAAUAGCGUCGCCCGACCAAUGGAUUUUUCAAAAGCCUUAAAAUAUAUAUAUAUAUUUUUUAAAUAAUUUUAUUUUUAUUGCACAAGUAUACUAAAAAUUGUAGAAAUAAUUCAUCUCCCUCCUCCCAUGACCAUGUCAGUCCCCAGACCUCAACCCAAUUGAAAACCUGUUGAAUGAGCUAAACAGAAGACUGCAAAAAUUCUUAUCUUCUUUAUAGUGGCGGGUGAACAAAUAAAAUAAAAUGUACAUUUAAGGAAAAAAAAUAAGGCGGUAAGGGAAUCAACCACCUGUUAGUGUUUGUCUAUCUAUACUAAUAACAGGAUGAGUAAAAUUGAUCCACAAUCCACUUCUUAUUGUAUCAUCACUUGAUUCUUCAUGAGAAUAGCUCCCAGCAUGCCCAACCUUUAGCCAGUAUCAAUUGUUCAUGCGCAUGCAUCAUCGCUGCUGCAUGGCUGUGCGUCUCUCUGCAUGUGUGUGUCCGUGUGUAUGUGUGUGCGCGAGUUAGUGAGGGAGUGGGAGGAACAGAGGAGUAACGAGAGAGGUUCGAGAGCUCAAUGGCCAGUUAAAUAUGGCUGUCCCCGUGUACUAGUCUACGCUGUUUUCCCCUUGGCAAGGAUUUUCCCAAUUGUUUUUAUUUGCUGCUGCUGCUGCUGCUGACUUUUAUCAAACUCACUCAACAGUUGAUGGAGAAGAGCCAAACUUCUCUUGUCUGCAAUCACUCUUUCUUGGUGACAAACCCAUCAUAGUCUGCAGUCCCUUCUGUUCACCAUUUUGGUUCCCCUAAUGGGCACCAUAUCGGGCACCAAGACCAUCUUGCGUUCACCGACCCCUUCCCAGCCAUAACUACCUCACCAAAACACAACUACCAGCGUGACCCAAUGGAGACAAAAGAUCUGAUGAUGACCAGCAUGUUGACAAAGGACGAGCGGGAGAGCGAGGCCGAGCGAGGAAAGGAGAGCCAGGAGGUGAAGGCAGAAGAGGAGGGCACGCAGGAUGAAAACUGUCGACUGAUGCUGGCCGACGGUCUUGCGGAGAGAGGACCCAAGACUCCGACUCCUGGUCAGCAGGUGUCCAACGGCUUCACUACGUCCACCCCUCAGAGCGCCAAAGAGGGAGCGGGCCUUUCCGCAGCUUACUCCGCAGGUUCGACCUCAGGGCCCGCAGGCGGCUCUGGAUCCGCCGCCCCGCUGGGAGGUCUCAGGACUCUGGUGGUCCAACAAACCAGCUUGGAUCGGCCGAGGGAAACUUGGAGCAAGAAGAUGGACUUCUUGCUCUCUGUGAUUGGCUACGCGGUGGACCUGGGAAAUGUGUGGCGUUUCCCGUACAUCUGCUACCAAAAUGGAGGAGGUGCCUUUUUACUUCCCUACCUGUUGAUGGCGGUGUUUGGAGGUGUGCCGCUCUUCUACAUGGAGCUGGCUCUCGGCCAGUUUCACCGCAAUGGCUGCAUCUCCAUCUGGAAACAUAUCUGCCCCAUCUUCAAAGGUAUCGGCUUUGCUAUCUGCAUCAUAGCCCUCUACAUUGCCUUCUAUUACAACACCAUCAUGGCGUGGGCCUUGUACUACCUGUUGUCGUCGUUCCAGUCCACCCUCCCCUGGACCACCUGCUCCAAUAGCUGGAACACGGGCAACUGUCACAGCUACAUGUCCACCGACAGUAAUAUUUCGUGGUCCAACUUGUCCACCUCACCCGCCGAGGAGUUCUAUACUCGACACGUUUUGCAGGUGCACCUCUCUUCGGGUCUGCACCAGCUCGGUUCGGUCAGCUGGCAGUUAGCCCUUUGUUUGCUCUUCAUCUUCACCAUUGUCUACUUCAGCAUCUGGAAGGGAGUCAAAACAUCUGGGAAGGUGGUCUGGGUGACAGCAACUUUUCCUUAUGUGGUGCUCCUGGUGCUCCUCGUCCGUGGGGCCACUCUACCCGGGGCCUGGAGGGGUGUGGUGUUUUAUCUCAAACCUGAUUGGGAGAAACUGCUCAGUACUACCGUAUGGAUCGAUGCUGCAGCUCAGAUCUUCUUCUCACUGGGUCCAGGCUUUGGGGUUCUCCUUGCUUAUGCCAGCUACAACCCGUUUCACAACAACUGCUAUAAGGAUGCUUUGAUCACCAGCUCGGUGAACUGCCUAACCAGCUUUCUGUCUGGCUUUGUGAUUUUUACUGUGCUGGGCUACAUGGCUGAGAUGAGGCAGCAGGAUGUUGAUACUGUUGCUAAGGAUGCCGGACCCAGUCUGCUUUUUAUCAUUUAUGCCGAAGCCAUUGCGAACAUGCCAGCUGCAACCUUCUUUGCCAUCAUCUUCUUCCUCAUGAUCAUUAUGUUGGGUCUGGAUAGCACAUUUGCCGGUUUGGAGGGUGUGGUCACCGCCAUGCUUGACGAGUUCCCCAAUGUCCUGGUUAAGAGACGAGAGCGUUUUGUCUUUGGUCUCGUUUGCGUCUGCUACCUCGGGGCGCUCUCCACCCUCACAUAUGGAGGAGCUUUUGUGGUGAAGUUGUUUGAGGAGUAUGCCACGGGCCCUGCCGUUAUCACUGUGGUGCUGCUUGAAGUCGUCGCAGUUUCCUGGUUCUAUGGCACCACCCGAUUCUGCAACGACAUCCAGCUCAUGCUUGGGUUCUACCCGGGAUGCUUUUGGAGGAUCUGCUGGGUCGCCAUCUGCCCCAUCUUUCUUCUGUUCAUUAUCAUCAGCUUCUUGGCCUUCCCGCCUGAGGUCAAGUUGUUUGACUACCAAUAUCCACCUUGGACCACGGCCCUUGGCUACAGUAUUGGGGUGUCCUCAUUAAUCUGUGUGCCUGCUUACAUGGUCUACCACUUAAUCAAUGCCAAGGGCACAUUCAAACAGCGUUUAUCAAAGAGCAUCACUCCAGAGCCCAGCAAUGACCAACACAGAGGCUUCAUUGUCACCAAUGCAGUGUGAUCCGACCCGCCAGUUCGAAUUCAAGCUACUUAGAGGGCCCUCUUCUGGAUCCCUUGCAACAUUACAAAACUUGGAGGCUACCUUACACCACAUUUGCCUCUUUUUUUUCUGACAUCUCUUGCACCCUAUGUCUUUGUGAAGCUGAAAUCUGGCCGUGUUGUUGGAUGUCGUGUAGGUAAAGACAGAUUACAUCGAUCUUCUUUUUGAAUUCAGGUUGGCUCAGUUUGUGAGCACGGUGUCUUUCCAUUUCUCUAAUGCCUGUUUCAUCGGGUAAAACCUAUUUUGUUUUGUAAUUAUUUCAAUUCAUCUAAGUAGAUAGCUUAUGUUUAAAUUGCACUUUAGUAGUAAUCAUUUCAAUUCGACGCUGCCCACAUGUUUACUUUUGUAUCAUUUAAGAUACACUACUGGUAAGUUAUGCAUUAUAAUAUGUAGCAAAAUUCAGGUAUUCUCUCUCUCUCUUACAUCAUUGAAGCCAAAUAUAUAUUUGUUCUGCUCUUAUUUCAUGACAGUAUUGUUGUUCCAUCUAUGUUGGACCAUAAGGACAGAGUUGCUAAGAGUUCUCGACACUGUGAAGCAGUGUGUGCUGCGUGUGCGUGCGUUGGUAUGUGUGUGAUGGCGAGAAAGACUGUUACAAUGGCCCCAAAAGAAAUUUACCUUCCAUAAGUGCAAACUAAAAUGUGCAUUCUAUCAAGUGUCCGCCUUCUGUCACUAUUUUCUUCACGCUUACUCAAUCACCUGAGCUUGUAGUAAUGUUGCAGAGCCGUCAGUAAUAGAAACCAAAUAUGGACUUUAUACCAUCAACAAGUUCAACAUCUAAAAAUCUCCUUCCUUACAACCCAAAAGAGAGCAAUGGAGAGAAAUCUAGACUCAAAUAUGGUAAGUACUGUACAACCACGUGUAUUUCCUUGUCAGUGGUGUAAUCUAUCCUGUGAAUACAUGAAUGUGUGUGUUUAGUUUGUUAGUUGGUUUGGAUUUGAGUGUGUAUGUACUGCUGCGUAGGUAGGGAUGGUCAGCCUUAUGUGUGCAUGCCGUGAUGUGCGCGUAUAAUGUACUCGAGGUGUGUGUGUUUUGAGAACGAGAGAGAGCGAGAACAUGUGUAUAUACGAUAUUGGUCUCUUGUUGUUGUCAACUGCCAAAUUAUCUAAUGAAGGGUGUAAGUCUCUCUAGUUCCUCUCAAGCUUAUAGAUCUAUGUACUAUGUCAACAAAAGACUGUAUUGACAACCCUACCUGUAUAGAAUUAAGCUAUAGAAAUAUAUGAGAAACAUCAAAUAAUAAAGAUAUAUGGAGAGAAAUAA